AUGUGGUGGACCCCGGACAGUCAAGUGAGCAAGUGGAGUUUGGCUCUGAAGAACAGAUUCCAUGGGACGGUCGAGUCGAUCAGCAGCUCCGUCGACCCAGCGGAUGUAGGAAACCAGACGGGCGGUGGCCUGCCCGGUGGCUCCGGCAGACCGCACCACCACGUAGGUGUUAUGCCUGUACGACCGGAAGAAGAAGUGAGGGGAGAUGUAUGUACUUUUGGUCGCACCACCGCGAAGAUCCUGGUCGAUACAUCGAGGCCGAGGGGAGAAACGAAAACCCGAGAAAGUAGAGGCUGGAUCUGA